CUCCCUUUACUCAGAGUGGGCUUUUCCACACCUGGCCAAAACCUUCUCUAGGUUUAUACCAUCUCCUGUCAUUCCAGACCAGUUUGUUCCAAAAAUGAGGAUGCAAUUCACAGAAAAUCAUCACAACAGCUUUAUGAUGCAGGCCCUCAACAAGCAGAGGAAGAACAGGGAGUUUUGUGACGUGACCUUCAGUGUGGAUCAGAAUGUCUUCUAUGCGCACCUCAAUGUCCUAGCAGCUGUGUCCUCCCAUAUAAGGACCUUGAUAUCCAGCAAUGACAUGAAAGUGGAUGAUGAGCUCUACAUCAGCAUCGAUGGCAAGUUCCUCAGCGCUGCCUUGGUGAAGGAGAUGCUCAACUACUUCUACACGGGGAAGAUUCUGAUUUCAGAGGAGAACGUGGAGGACCUGCUCAAGGGAGCAAAGUACUUCAAUUCUCAGACCCUCAGAAGGCACUGCUCUGACUUCCUCCUCAGGUCCCUCAAGAGAGACAACUGCCUCUCCUACUUAUGCUUGGCCACUACCUAUGAAUUGAAAGAGGUGACAGAUUCUGCCUAUAAUGGAAUACGGGACAACUUCAGUUACUGGGUAGGCCCGAAGGGCACAGCAGACUUAAUGAAUUGCCCUUCUAACGUCUUCUCCAGGCUCCUUAAGGAUGAAGACCUUCACAUUGAAAACGAGGACCAGGUUCUCCUGGCUCUACUUCAGUGGGUGAAAUACAAGAAGGCCGAAAGAGAUAAGUUCUUCAAGAAGUACUUUGCGUACAUAAAUUUGCGCGCCGUCUCCACCAAGGCAUUGCUGGCCGCCUCCUGCGAAGUGUCGCUCUUUGCUGACCACGCAUUUCUCCUGUCCCAGAUAGAAAGUGUUUUGAUUGACCGAAAGCAGGAGAACCCUCAAAGUCUGAUGCCAUACCAAAGGAAAGGGGCAUAUGUGGAUUCUGUGAUUAUUUUAGGAGGGCAGAAAGAACAGGGUAGGUUCAACAGUGGGGUCUUUGCUUAUAUCCUUGAAGAGAACAUCUGGCUGAAGUUGACCGACAUGCCUUACAAAGCUGCUGCUCUCAGUGCAACUUCAUUAGGAAAAUACAUUUACGUCUCUGGAGGAAUAACAGAGCAGAUCUCUGGCCUGAAGACAGCCUGGAAGUAUGAUAUAGACACAAAUUCCUGGCUCAAACUUCCAGAUCUACCCGUAGGUCUGGUAUUCCACACCAUGGUGACUUGUGGUGGAGCGGUAUAUUCUGUUGGAGGAAGCACAGCUCCAAGGAAAUACGUCUCAAGUAUCUUCAAGUAUGAUGAAGGGAAAGAGAACUGGGUUCUUGCUGGGAAGAUGAGUAUUCCUAUGGAUGCCAGUGCCGUGAUCACCAAGGGGGACAAAAUUAUUUAUAUUGUGACUGGGAGAUGCCUGGUGAAUGGGCGCUUCUCCCGGGUCAGUGUCCUGGAUUGUUUUGACACUCAGAGCCGGAACAUGGUGAAAUUAACUACACUUCCCAUUCAGUUCAACCACAAACCCCUGCUGUCUUUUCCUCGGGAAAACAUUUUGAGUGUACAGAGCCACAAAGAGAGCCUGGAAAUAAACCUGCGGAAGAUUAAAAUUAACACAUCUACCAAACUUGUGCCUCUCCUACCAAAUAACUGUAGCUUGGAUCUCUCACAUGCGGUUUGCUCUGUUGGGAAUAACAAAGUAUUUGUGUGUGGUGGCCUCAUGUGCCCAGGGGACAGACAUCCUGAGGAAUAUUCUAUCAAUCGGCAAGCAUAUAUGUUAGAUCAGUACACAGGGGAAUGGAGGCUGUUAGCCAAGCCUCCAGAAGCUCUGGAUUGUCCUGCUUGUUGUAUGGCUCAGUUGCCCUGCAGGGUUCUCCAAAAAUCUGUAGAUUAAGCCAGACAGAAUUUCUAACAAUACAUAACAAUAAAGGAUGACUGGAUUGCAGAUCGCAGGUGAAGACAAGGUGGCUUCCCUUUGUCUCUUUACCAUGAAUCAUGGUAUCAAUAGACCAUACAAUAUAUUGACAAUUGAAUUAGUGAUUAUGUAAUGUUUCCUUUUUAGUAUAGAAUACUUAUGUAUGUUUUUGAAAUGGAACAUAGAGGAGGGAAACAUGUACUUGCCCAGCUAUUUUUUGCAGCAA